AACAUUUAGUCUUGUAAAGAAGAGGGUGUCUUAAUUAGCAUGAGAAGUCAUGGGGUGUUGAGGCAUAGGCCUCAGCAUGUAUAUGCUUUUGUUUUCUUGUUGGUUGCUACUCUUGUCAUUGCUGACAAACCUUAUGGUUAUGAACCUCAACACUCUUAUGGUUCGAAAUGGCCGCAACCGUUGAAACAUAAUUUUCCCAAGUCGCCUUAUGUUUACAAGUCUUCACCGACGGUGAAGCACACAUGGCCGCAUCUACCUUAUCUUUAUAAAUCUCCUUCUCAUUCGUAUAUCUACAAGUCUCCACCACCUCCUUAUGUUUACAAGUCUCCGCCACCACCAUCGCAUUCACCACCGCUGUCCUAUGUGUAUAAAUCUCCACCGCCACCAGCACAUUCACCACCACCUUCCUACAUGUAUAAGUCUCCACCACCGCCAUCACCGUCACCACCACCUCCGUAUGUGUACAAGUCUCCACCCCCUCCAUCGCCAUCCCCACCACCAUAUGGCUACAAGUCUCCACCACCACCAUCACCUUCCCCACCACCUCCGUAUGUCUAUAAGUCUCCACCACCACCAUCCCUUGCAUCCCUUGCUAUUUUAAAUAAUAAUUUUACAACCUGUUAUAUGUAUUAUAAUAAUGUAGACUAUUGCUAUAAAAAGGUUGUAAGCAAAACAUUUUAACACACAAACACAAGUCUUCGGAUUUUAAA